UAGAUGAACUGCUUCAGUAAAAGGCUGAGACGCACGUCUCCCAUGCGCGGCACCAGUAGGAAUGAACUGGUCCCCUCCAAGCCUCCCAGGAUGAACGGGUGGUCGUGGCCCCCUCCGGCUUUGCAAGUGGUUGGCUGGCUGCUGUACAGCUACCUCGCCAUAGUCAGCUUCGGCAUCUACAUCCCUCUUCUGCCUCCUCCGUGGAACCAUGUGGCCUAUGCCCUGACGGCCAUCGCAUUUGUGGUGCACUUUUUCACCCAUAUUGUUGCUGUGACUAUAGACCCAGCAGAUGCCAGUGUCAGGGCCAAACAGAGCUAUGCCAGUCCAAUGCCCCUUUUUGACCGGACAAAGCAAUCGCAUGUCAUCCAGGACCUACGCUGUUACCUAUGUGAUGUCAGAGUUGGCCCCAAAGUAAAACACUGCAGUGUUUGCAACAAGUGUGUGGAAGACUUUGAUCACCACUGCAAAUGGCUAAACACCUGCGUGGGUGGCAGAAACUACUGGUGCUUCUUUGUGGCACUGUCCUCUGCUACACUAGGUGUCUCCCUGCUUGUUGUUGUCAUCUUGUUCAUAUUUAUUCAGCAUUACCUGGAUCCAAAUAGCUUACGGACUGCCCCGCAGUUUGACAGUAUACUGGGGAAUGACACCUGGCUGGUGUUUUUACCCUUAGCACCCAUAAAGACUAGUUCAGCUGGACUUCUUAUAUUAGCCUUCAUAACAGUCAUGCUGAGCAUCACCUGUCUGCUGCUGCUCGGCCAUCUGCUUGGCUUCCACUUUUAUCUCUUUUAUAAAGGAAUAAGCACAUAUGAUUAUGUAAAGAUGCAGCGCCAGAAACAAGCCAGAAACCAAGACAUUGAAGCAGGAAAUCCACAUGAUGCGACAAUCAAUAACAAGGCCCCACAGAAUCCGGAGACUUCAAUUGACUGUGAACCAGCAUUAUCACAGAGUUCAAGUACCUGCAAAUUUGAUGAUAAAAGUCCAAUCAGCAGCCGGAUUUCUGAGUCCAUAUGUACUGAGUUGGAAAACUUUAGGAAAUCAGCAGAAAAGGAGAAUAGUUUCCAUUAUGGCACAGAAAACCCCACAGAGACAGCAAGGGAAAUGUGUAUGAGCGACAACAAAAGCUGGAAACCUGGCACUGAAGAGGCUCAGAGCUCCUGUGUGAAGUCCGGUGACGGUGUUCCUGGAGUGCAGGACCCUCUGGGCAGCUCAGUGAUGACUCCAGAUGAAACUUAGCAGUAAACCAAUGUCUGCAUGGCCAUUUGUGAGGAUAUGCUGCUCUGAGGAACUAUUUAUUAUGAAAAUAUGCUUCUGGUAACUGAGCCACGCAAACCACGGACCAUUAUUAAUGAGGACAGAGGACGUGCUGGACUUGAUACUACAGUUUUAACAUCGUGGAACAGUUUUUGUCCGUCCAGUACACAUUUUGUACACAGUCUGAACAAAUAUGGACCUGUAAUUGUAUUUUGUUCCUUUUUUAUCUACGCUACAUGUUUUUAUGACGACAGUUGAAUUAUUUAAAGCAUUGUUUUAUCUCACUGACUUGUGAGCCAAAGUCCAGCCUCUGUUUCACUAGCCUGAGGCUGAUCGAUGGAUGGAUGUAUUUUGAUGUUUUCCUGGAAAAACUGAAACAUGAAACUGAGUUUACUGUUCAUAUAAGCCAAAUGGGUAUCAAGUACUGUAAUGACAGGAACAUAUUUGCAUCUUUUACCUAAUGACCAAAGAGAGAACUUUGUGUGGCAAAAUAUAUUCUGUAAGUGAAAGUAGUGGAGCAGAUACUGGUUUAAAAAGGGGACAGCACUUCAGCUUUUUUAUUGUGGUUUUAUUAACUGUAGAUUUCACGAAGCUGGCGUUAUUCAGCAA